UUUCAGCUGGGAAGUUAGCCAUCUGCGUUUUUCUGUCGUCUGCGGGAAAUAGAAAUACAGAUAGAGAUAGAGAGAAGAGUGUUGGGCAGAUAUAGAAAAGAGACGAGUAUGGACCGACGUUUAUUUUUAAUAUUCCAUGCGAGACAUACAGACGAGUUCGUGAAGGCCAAUAAAGCGUGAAGACAGUACACGAGAAUGGAAUGAAUUUUCACGGUCAAAGGUUUCUUCUUCAGAUUAAAUACGGUUCUUAAAGAAUCACAAACAUAUUUCUUUUAUUAUUAACAUCGCUUGAGUAGUUUAGUUCAGACCGGCCAUGGUAUGUCAGUGUGUGUCUGUGUGUUUGUUUUCAAUGGAAUCUCUCCAGUCGCUGUGGGUGCUGCGUGACAUUAUUGUCGGGUAAUUAUCUGAACACAUUGUAGUCAAUUUGCCGUUCUCUCUGACAUUCUGCAAAUGGGAAACGCUACAGACACGACACAAUGGGCGGCUGUCAGUAAUUGGAAUUAGAAAUAUAAAAAAGGACGCAGUUUGCCGAUGAAGUAAAAUAGAAGGAAGAAAAACCUAAACAUUCUCCAAAAAGAGUUAACUGUUAUUACUGGGUGUUUUUUUUUUUUUGCUGAUGAAGAAACAGAAAAAAGAAUUUUCUAAACCACUGAAUUGUUAUUACUGAUUGUUUUUGCCGAUGAAGAAAUAGAAGAAUGAAAAACGUAAACAUUCUCUAAAGCAGUGAACUGUUAUUACUGAUUGUAUGAAAAGUGUAUUCAAUGACGGACUGAUUUUAAUGAAAUGAGUGACAUGGAAAAAGAAAAAGCCUGCUUUAAAACAGUCAAGUUUUAUUAAUGAUUUUCCAGCAGUGUAAGGAAUGACGGAAUAAUUCAAUAGGAAUGAUUAAAUUAGAAGGAAGAAAAAAAGGAGAAAACAUUCCGGUUUUUAGAUUUUCUAAAAAACAGUCAAGUGUUAUUACCAAUGUUCCAACAGUGUACGGAAUCAUGGAAUGAUUCAAAAGAGAUGAUUAAAAUAGGAAGAAAAAACGAAAACAACAAUUUACUUCGUGGCUUAUCCAAAACAUUCCAGUGUCAUUACCAAUUAGUGUACGUAAUAUUGGAAUGAUUAAAGAGGAAUGAGUAAAAACGAAGACAGAAAAACAAAACAGUUUACCUCUUAAAUUCUCCAAAAACUGUGUUGUUACUAACUUUAUAUCAGUGUACGGAGGAUCUAAAUCUGAUAUUUUAUCCGAAGGAAUGAGUUUAAUGAAGGUCGCGGUGAAAGUAAAUAUUAAGAGUCAAGUGUUAUUACUAAUUUUAUGACAGUGUUCGAAAUGAGGGCAUGAUUUCCAAAGGAAUCAGUUAAAUCAAGGAAUCGGUGAAAGUAAACAUUAGAGUCCUUGGAGAUUUCGACUCUACAGUCGAGGCCAUUUAUCCUGCAGACCCUUGCACUUGUGGUCAAUUGGUUGGCAUUCAAUAAUCCGACUUUCUCCCUCUCUGGUGGGUCAGUCAAUUAAGCGAGAUAUCGCGGAACGUGAAAGAGAAUCUAUCACGGGGCAGUAAUAAAAGAGACACCGGAAAGCGCUCAUGCCGUGUCUGGGCCCCGCAGAUCCGCCCCGUAGAUGUGAUGAUGAUGGUUUGUUCUUUUUAUCAGUAAAAUUAAUCACUGUACGUCCAAUUUCAAACUGAGACGUUGAUUACGGAUAUGGUUAUUACUGCCGGUGUCUGUAGACGAAAGCUGACCUUGAAGAGCACGGAUCAGAAGUUUGUGUGGCCCAAUUCAAUGAGGAUGGCCAAUUAAAGUGUCAAGUUCCUGUGUUUUUUUGCUCUUGAAGAGGUAUAAUCUUGUUGUCACUAAACUAUGGCUGUGAGUAGAAAAUUCCUCUCGAGGUGAAUAUAACGAAAACAAAAACUACAGGCAGAUUCUUGAAUGAAAUUCAGAAGAUUAUUAUUAGUUUCUUGUUUGGUUUUGUUGAUUAAUGUUGUUAAUGUAACUGGGCAUUAACAUGCAGAUCGUGCACUACGUUUUGUCUUCAACAACAACAACCAAUUAACACAGUGCAUACAUUUAUUUAUUCUAUCAAGGAAAAACCAUAUUUCUAAUAUCUGAUAUUUGUUUUUACUUGAAAAAAAUAAAAUCCAGCCCACAUUAUAAAUAAGACAAGCUUAGUCCACGGUGUUUAGUGGAUCGUGUUAAGUUGUCUACAGUGAAUUUGUAGUACACUUCGACUAUAGGAAUCGAUAAAGCACCAACAUAAGGAAUUCGGCUGCUGCUUUUCCUUGCUGGUAUUAUAUAAGACAUUGUUCAUAAUUUGGAUUCUCUACAGAUUAUAAAAUAUCAAUUUAUUACGUAUUUUACUUACUAAUACCACUACCACUACCACUGUAUGGCGAUACUAAUGUUAUUUAUAUAUAAACCUGCAAAUAUACCAUAUAUAUAUUGAAUCAGAAAGACACAACAAAAUCCAGAACAAUUCUGACCCUAAGAAAUCCAAGCUCCUCCUGCAUCGGCUGUGCUGGCCGUGACACGGGUGGGUCGUAUACAGUCCAGAUGCAGAGAGAAGUGGAUAUGGAGGUAGUCGUAGCGAAGAUCAUCUCGCUGGUAGUACUCACGAUACUCACCGUCCUCACGGGACUGUGUCCCUUGCGGAUCUUGCAGAACUCCCCGCGGUUCCUUCACAGAAACAGGCAGACGAUCGAGUAUUUCCUCUGCGGAAUGCACUGCUUCUCGGGAGGCAUAUUUUUAGCCACUUGUUUCCUACACCUACUGCCGGACACCCGCGGUAAGAUCGACGCCAUGAUGAAUAACAUGGGGUCAAGGUCGACCUUCGCCGUUCCAGAACUCCUCAUCAUGGUCGGGUUCUACGGGAUCGUAUUCGUGGAGCAGUUCAUUCAGUGGAUGUACCUGAAGGCGAUGGAGAGCGACAAGGCCUGGGCCAUGAACAAAAACUACAAGGUCAAUUCCGUAUCAAACACCGACAACCAUCUGGACGUGGAGCUUAACAUUGAGACAACGAGUCUUCAUUCCGAGGUUGUUCCGGACAGGAUUCCGGAUGGCAUAGAAGGGCAGUCGUCAGAGAAUCACGAGGAGGACAACGAUUCGGAUAUCCAUCCAGCCCCUUUUCAAGAGCUGGAGGUGAAGAAAGUGGUUUCGGAAUUCCACAGAAAUGAUUUUACGAACAAAGGUCAUUUCAGAUUGAUAGUCUACAUAAUUGCUUUGUCGUUUCACGGAAUUUUCGAAGGGAUGACUUUGGCGUUGCAGAGCGUUGAAAGCAACGUCUGGAGCUUGUGUUUCGCCAUCUGUGUGCACAGGUGUGUGCUAGCCUUUAAGCUGGGCAUGGACCUGUGUCACAGCGAAGAAAAACAAGGCACUUCUUGGUUGUGUAUAGGGACCUUCGCUCUCAUCUCUGCGUUGGGAAUUGUUCUUGGAAUUGUUCUGUCGUCUGGUGCUAUGUUGUAUGCUGACGUCACGGUUCCAGAAGCGAUCUUGCAGAGCUUAGCAACAGGAACAAUACUGUAUAUUGUUUUCUUUGACAUUUUGUUUAAGGACCUACGAGGCAAAGACGAUAUGAAACGAAUAGGAUGCUCCUUCGUUGGGUUUGUUUUAAUGUCCAUUGUCUUCGCUAUUAUAACGUCUUGAUGAACAGAGAUACUAAAGUUUUUAUUGAGUAUAAAAAAAAAUUGUAUUAAAUAUUAAGCUUUUUGUGUUGAUGUAUUUAAACUUGUGGAAUCUCGAGAGAGUAAUCUUUCAGAAUCAGAUUUUUUAAUACGAACUUUAUAUUGCAAAAAUCAAUGCUUUAAAACUUAUUGUUAUCAGUGAUCAGUUCAUUAAGAGCAUGAACUAUUGUUUUACGCGUCCUUUAUUUCUUUAGUUUUAUAUCG